UUUCCUCUUAUUCGGCGGAGUGACAGAAGAUCCCUGGUGCACAAAGUAAAUGAUUUUAAAGUGUGUUGGCUUUGUAGAACUCUCUGCAAGAGCUGUGCACGUUUUGGGAAAAGUUCGUCGACCUAUACACACACACGUACAGCUGCUGUAACUUUGUUUAAUGAUCUGUUGGAACUUGAAACUGCAGAAUCGGUGCCGGUUGACAUUUUCGUUCUUGUAGCCCCAUCAGAGCCUUCUUAAACUUCGCAACGAUGAACGAUAAAAAACUGUACACCCCAGGACCACUGAAUGUGAGUUUGAGCACCAAGGAAGCUAUGCUAGUUGACCUGGGAUCAAGGGAUAUUGAGUUCAUGAAUACAGUCAAGUACAUACGCUCCAAGCUGCUCGAAAUCGCGGGUGUUUCAUCGGAUGAUUUCACUUCGGUUCCUGUGCAAGGCAGCGGCACGUUUGCUAUUGAAGCUGUCUUCACUACUAGUGUACCAAGAACAAAUAGCAAAGUGUUAGUGUUAGAAAAUGGAGCUUACGGCGUACGCAUCGGUCAAAUCCUCAAUGCUCUCGGCAUUCAGACCAAGACGUUGAAGUUCCCAGAGGACGAGAAGGUAGACGUCAAGAUGGUAGAGGAGGAAUUAAUGAAGGACCAGAGCUUUACCAACGUAGCCAUGGUGCACUCUGAGACUAGCUCAGGUGUCCUCAAUCCAAUCAAGGAAAUAGGAGUACUCGUCGAAAAGCACUUACCAGACGCUAGCUACUUAGUGGACGCAAUGAGCAGUUUCGGUGCAAUAGAUAUUGACAUGGAGGGCAGUAAUAUUGAUUUCUUAGUGAGCUCUGCCAACAAGUGUCUUGAAGGAGUGCCUGGCUUCUCAUAUGCCAUCUGCAGAAAAGAGAUGUUGAGAAAGUGUAAAGGCUGGUCAAGGAGUCUAGUUCUGGAUUUAGUUGCACAAUGGGAGGUGUUGGAACGGACAGGACAGUUCCGAUUUACACCACCAACCCACGCCAUGUUAGCCUUCAGACAAGCCUUACUAGAAUACGAGAAGGAAGGGGGAUUAUCGGGUAGAGCUCAAAGGUAUAAGGAGAAUUGCCAAAUUAUUAGAGACGGAAUGAAAUCAUUUGGCUUCAAGACACUUCUAGAUGCGUCACAUGAAGGAUACAUCAUAACGUCAUUCUAUUUCCCACAACAUUCAAACUUUGACUUCCAAGAUUUCUACUCACGACUUAAAGAAAAAGGUCAAGUUAUCUAUCCUGGCAAAGUGACGAAGGCCACGUGUUUUCGUAUCGGGAACAUCGGCCACCUUUUCCCGCGAGAUAUGCGUCAUCUUUUGUUGUGCGUGAAGGAGGUCUGCCGUGAUAUGGACAUCACGUUACCCAUGGAUAUGAAACAAGAUUGGAUAUGAGCAUAGAGCAUAGAACUAUUGUAUAGCUCUAUGGAUGUGAGCCUAAAAAUCAAAAUUCGUUUGUAAGAUGUACCAACAAUUAUAAUGGGGAAAAGGCUUUUCUGAACGGGUAUAUAUGCCAACUCCCAGUCUUAAAAUAAUUAAGUACUGGUAUUGAUGCAAACUCUUUACACGGGUCAUAGAUGUUUGUGGCAAUGUAUUAUAGGCAGAAUUAUAUAUAAAUAAAAUAAAACCGUGAAAGUUGCAACUGAAUACAGUGUUUAUAAGCUAUACUUGCAGAAAAACAGCAACAACCUUUAGUUUUAAAAUAACGAAAAGUAAAUAAGAACAGCACAGGUAUACGUUGAUAAGGAUGAGGCUGAACACUCUCAACAGCUCGGGGGAUUUAAGUGAGUCGCACUGACUGUAUUUUAAAUAGUAUUUGAUGAACUUACUCAGCAUUAAAAACUUGUAACUGGCUGUAACCGUAUCUUAUGAACAAAAAUAUUGUGAAUGGUUUUCUGCUAUACGGUGGAGAGAUGUUUUGGAGAGAACAUAAUAGUUAAAUCUGGGAUGUGUCUUCAAGCAUAGGUUAGUUCGAUAUGUUUGCUAUAGAAUUAAAGGGAAGGUACACACUUGGUAUGUCCAAGACCAGUCUUCUAACUUGGUGUAUCCCAACAUAAGCAUGA